AGGUUGGACUAAUCGUCGAUAUUUGUUUUUCGUAGUUAUCGUCGUUGUUUUUUUCAAAAUGCCGGGCUUGCCUGGAAAUUCGGCCGGUUCCGUCGGUGCUCUUCCUCCAAGACCGAUGAUUUGCCCGGAGGUGAAAGUGGAGGAGACGGACCAGGUACUGCACAAGUUGGACAGUUGUCGCAUCUGCUUCGAACCGAUCGAGGAUCCGGUCUUUACCUCCUGUUGCGGCACCGAGUUUUGCGAGGAUUGCUUGCAGGCCGUGCGGGAGGCGCAGGGCGAGGAUUCCGCGAAGUGCCCGAAUUGCCGGAGAGGACCGCCGUUCGAAUGGCACCGGAUUCGAUUUAUGCAGUCCCUGCUUUCGACGUCCAAAGUUCGCUGCACCGGCUGCGAUUUGACGUUCAACAAAUCACAAACGGAGAACCACAUGAAGCAGUGCGGAGCGGUGCAGCUUCCGUGCCCGAACCACGGAAAAGGCUGCGGUUGGUUCGGGAGACGAAACGAGCUGGAGAACCAUGUGAGUGACCAUUGCGAGUUUUCGCUGGAGAGGGUGGCGUUGCAGGCGUUGAAGAUUGCGAAUGAAGACAAGGACCGUCGGAAGAAAUUGGACUCGUUGAAAAGCCAUCUGAUUUUGAAAUCGGAUUGGUUCGCGAGUCAAUUGAUGGCCCAAAUGAGUACCCAUCCACUGAAGUGGUUGUGCGAGGAGGUGAAAAGCAAGCAACUCGCUUUGCUGCGGAAGGAAGCACAGGAGCUUGCCGAGAUGGCAGUCAUGUCCCAGCUGAGUGCCUACCAGAGCUUGAGGAGCAGAAAAGUAGCGCCAGCUGGGUCUGGCGGACUUUCAUCUUCUUCGUCGUCUUUCUCCUCAUCUGCGGCACCUGUGAACAACGAAAACCAUGCACGUGCAAAAGAUGUUUCAGCAGCAUCGACGGACUGCAGCAUUCUAGUAACCACCACCCCGAUGGAAAAACAAAUCUGCAAAGCACUUGUCAAAGACAUCCGCACAUCCUGGCACUUUCAGCCCUACACGAACGGCGACUUCCAACCCUGGGAACGGAAGCACUGGGUGCCGCGGAUUUUGAACGCGGUACUAGAAACCCUGUAUCCACGGGUGAGUAUGCCGAUGAUCGCGGCGAGGCGAGAGGAGUACACUGGGCUCUACAUGAAAGCGCUGGAGCCGUGGAUUUUGGAGAAGACGCCGCCGGUUUGCCCCGUGAAAAGGAUCUCGUUCACGGAUGACGCACUAGCAGGCUACGAGAUAGUCCACGAAAUGAAGAAAACAUUUCGGGACGGGGAAGAACAAGACGAGAGGAAAACGGCGACCGUGAAUUUCUUCUACCAAAACCUGUACCCGCGUUGGAACCCCCUGUAUUCGCUUUCCGCCAUCGAAAAGCAGCUCGAUCAGCUCCACCGCGAUUUUUCCACCGGAGCAGACCACGCGCUCCUCGGGCUCGCCGGCACCGGCCCCAUGCAGCGUAUGCCCUUGGAGCACAAACUGGAGUUUUUACCCGCCGGCGAGUUCUUGCUGCCGCUGAUGCAGUACGUAUUCGCUUUGGCCGUGCGAUCGAUAUUCCUGCCAAAAGUCGUGGACUGCGUGACGAGAGAAUUCUUCGCGAGCGUCGAGUUCAAGUACCCCGACGCACCCGUCACUUCCGUCUACAUGCCGGUCGCGGAGUUCAUGCAGGAAUUGCAGACCUACCUGCCCGACUGGUCCUGCGAGCACCUGGAUCUCCUCUUCGGCGAAAAAAAUGGCUUUCCUGGCUCCAUAGCGGGCCAAGACCCAGUAGAUGAAAAUAACGCGAGCUGCGCUGGCGUUACGGCUCGCACUGCCGCCGAUCUGGAGUACCUUUUCAAAGCGACUAACAGUCCGGCAGCAAUUUGCUCCAGAUUGCUGGACGAGGGCCGCAAGUCGAUCGUGAAGUUCACAUACAUCAAAGAAGACUAUUGCCCGCUCGUGAAGAUGGCGCCAAAACAAGCGAAACCACCACCAUCACCGGUAGUUUCUACCAUUCCUCCAACGGCGAAUGCUUCUAUGAUUGCAAACUCUAACUCCACGCUGCGUAGAAGUAACAGUGCAGUGGGGGCUAUCAACAAUCCGGAGCCGCAGUUGCCAUCUUCAUCCUCGUCGGUGCCCAAGAACAACUACCCAGAACCACCGAGCGCGCUGGUAGCAGCAGCACCACCAGCACAACCACAGGUUGCACGUCAACCUCCGGCUCCGGAUCGGCCCUCUACCCCAAACGCGCGGCAACGAAUUCCAGCUGCGAACAGCCAUCAAAAUCCAGCCCCGGCUCCACCGGCUCAGGCUCAGCCUCGCUCUCCGAGCGACCGUUGGCGGCAUCUGAUGAGAAAGAAGAACAACGACGACAUGUCCCGCGCCGCACAGACUGCAGCGGGUAAAAGUCUGGGUCAGAGCAGCUCCCUGAAGUCUUUCAGGUUCGCCCCGAAGAAGCGAGGCAACGUUGAGGCGACUGGUGGUAAUGGUAAUGCAGGGACGAUGAAUGCCGAAAUUGAAUCACCUAAGAAACCGCGGUGGAACAGGUGAGAGGUGUGCAAAAAUGCAAAGGGAAUGAGUCACGUUUCUUGUUGUAGUCCAGGCUGCUUGAUUUUUGUUUUGCAACUACGACAACCGGAUUAAGCCGUUUGUGCUGUCAGUAAUGACAAUAGGUCAUCAGCAGCAGCAAGAUACAAUACCCGAUUUGUUUCUUACAUUUGUUCGCAAGUUGUGUCUGUCUGCCCUAACUCUUGAUGUUAUUUUAUCCGUUUGCUAAUUUUACAUUCGUUGCAGAUUUAGUUGCUCUACUUCUUGUCUACACAUUUCAAUUUAAUUGCUAGCAUUCUCUACAACAAUAAAGACACCAGAUUGAGAAAAUUAAACAUGCAACCUUCCAUAUAUUAUUGUGUAUACUACGAAUAAACUCUGCGACGUAAUAAAAAUUUCAACCGUAAGUGUAGGGAAGGAUCAGAAUACGACCUACAUUGUAGAUCUAAGAGCAAAGCUAGAGAUCCAAAUGACAAGAAAGAUGAUCACGAAAUGACACGAAUGACCUCCGGGGAGUAGAACCCCGAGCCAUGACUCUCUCAAAUCCACUCAGGUGAGUGAAGCGGGUGCGUAUGCUCUUAGUCUAUCACGGCUAUAGUAUUCUGAGUAUCUGCGUUCUAUCAUUCUCGCCUUGAGCUUUUAGAGCUUAGUGGACUCAGUAGUAGUAUACUUUUACUAUUGCUUGCGAUUUUCUUUUAUCGAGUAGGUUUCUAGAGUUUCUCUACCAGUUUCCGAAGAAUACCAAAAACAUGCCCACCCAAGACAAGUCCAAGGAGCUGGAUCUGGAGAAGUUCUCCGGUGAUGGCGGUCAGAGCUAUUCUGACUGGUGGUAUAAGGUCGCCAGUGCUUUUGCGGAGCAUGAUCUAGAUGGUGUCCUGGAUGAUAUCUGCAAGGGUACGAAGGCCGUGAAUGAGGCGAAAGCCUUGCAGAGUGUUGUAGACGCUGCGAAAGCCGUCAAGACUUUGAAGACGAAGGUCGUCAAUAGUCUUUCUGCGGGUUCGUCGGCGCUGCAAUCUGCGAAGCAAGCUGAUGACCAACACUUGUUCGGCAUCAUGCUUAGCAUCUUUAAGAAGUUCAACUCUCAGGAAGCUUCUAGCCGUUUGGCAGCCUACAAGAAACUCUUGAUGCCCCAGGGUUCCACGCCUGUUGAGGAGUUCGUGGAGUCUCGUCAGCGGAUUGAUUGCGCGGGAGGACCUUCAGGGAAAGAUCUCGCUUGAUGAACUCCUCGCGGCUAGUGUGUUGAUUGGACUCGAUUCCAAGUUUAACACUGUCGCUGGUACUCUGUUGGCUCAGAACCAGACUGACAUCCCUACGAUCAAACGCACUCUGAAGGAGUUUGAAGGGUUGCAGAAUCUGAAAGGGAACAAGGAAGAGGACCCCCGUGCUCUGAUUGCGCAGGUCAAGUCUCUUCGUCAAGAGUUGCAGUCGGUUAAGGACAAGCAAAAGCAUGCCAACGCUAGUGCUGUUCUGAAGCCUCCGGGAGGAGACAAGAACAAAAAGAAGCGCAAAAUCUGCAGCAAGAUCCAUCCGCCUGGCAGUUGCUGGGUGCUGCAUCCCAACAAGGCUCCGAAGAAUCUGCGUGCUCGCUUCGAGAAGUUGAACAAAGAACACAAGGCCAAGAAGGGAGGCAAGCAGCAGGAUGAUGAUGAUGAAGGUGCUCAGGGUGCGAUGGCUGUGGUAUUUCCCGCGCCUGCCUCUCAUGCUCCGAGGGCUGUUGAUGAUGAAGAUGAUGAACUUUCCACCUCUAUGGAACGUGACAGCUCUGGUGUGUUGGUAGGAUCUUUUCAUGCUCGCAGUAAGCGAACUGGUCAGGUGGUCGAACGUGUGUCCUCCCUUUCUCCCAUUUUGGAGGCCGAGCCAGAUGAGAAGAGCGAGUUGGUUUGUUCUGAGGUAGAGGAUGAGAGCCGUCACGUGUAUGGUUUUCGUUCUGGAUCGUUCGCCCGCGCCUGUUUCUCGUCUAACGUACAGGCGCAGAGCAAUCUUGCAAAGUCGUACACAGCAACGACGACCCUUUCUAGUGCGCAGGUGUUUUCAGGUGAAAAUGCUAGGAGUCAGAAUGGGAAGUCGGGUAGCGUGUGUGGGAUGAUUCUUGACACAGGUGCUAGCCACCAUAUGUCGGGCGUUGGUUCGUAGUCGUUUCGAGUGGAUUGGCCCAGCUGAUCAAUCUCUUAGCACUGCGGAUGGAGCAUCCAAUGUGAAAGGUGCUAUUGGUAAAUUUAAACCGAACAGCAAGGGCAUGUGGUUUGGUCUUUUCCAUCCGAUGUUGUCUCGGGAAUUGUUCUCAAUGGAAGUCGCUGCGAGUGAGGGGGCUCAGCUUCACUAUUGUGGACCUCAAGGGGAUCCCAAUGGUUGGCGCGAGUUCAUCGACCCCAGUGGUCAGUCUCACAAGUUUGAAGUCAAAGGCGGCGCAUCUGUGUUUGGUGUUUCGUUCGAGGAUGAGGCACGGGCUCAGUUCGCUACCAUUGGCGCAGCAGCUGGGGCCACCUACGGUUCCAAAUUGACUAUCCACAGGCGUCCUGCGCAUUUCAAAGUCGAAGGCUUUGACUGCUCUUGCCGAGAUUGUGCGAAAAGUAAGUCCUACGGACAGGCAUCGCACAAGCCUACUAGGCCGCCGGAACAUAUUGCCAAGAAGUUCCUGGAGCAAGUCGAUUCUGACUUUAUGGGUCCGCUUCCUGCGGCGCUCAAAGGUGCUCACUAUCUUCGCAGUUUUGUGGACUCUUGUACCAAGUGGGUCGAGGUCUAUGCUAUUGAAAAGAAGUCUGACUGUGGGGACAUCCUGCGGAAGUUCGUUCAAGAAGUCGGCAAACCCGAACGGGUUAGGACAGACAAUGAGCCUACUUUCAAAGGAGCUGAGUCGUCUUGGAAAAAGGCUUGCAAAGAUUUCGGAAUUCUCCCGAUCCAUUCUUCUCCUUAUGAGCCGCAACAGAGUGGAGUGGUGGAGAGAUGGAGUAGGACACUUGCCGAUGGCAUCAGGUCCAACAUGCAGGGCGUUGAUCCAUGCCUAUGGGAGUACUGUGCUCGCUUCGUCGCCUAUGUCUAUAACAGACGGCAGCGCAAGAAGUCGCAGUCUAGUCCUUUCCAGCGGCGUUGGAAUCGUCCAGCAUCCAUAAAGCAUUUGCGUCGUUUUGGAUGUGAGUGCUAUGCCAAAGUGCAUACCCAACAGCAAAAGCUGGAUGAUCGCUAUGAGCGUGGAGUCUUUCUCGGUUACUCUCGUACUUCCUCAAGCUUCCUGGUUGGUCUUUGGCGCUUCAGCGACAAGACGAACGCAUGGCGCUUUGUGGUUGAGGAGAAUAGCUCAAUGAAAUUCUUCGAAGACGCAGUCAUUAGUGACAUUCAGGAGCUUAAGCAGGAUCCGAAACAGCUGCCGGAGGGGGGACAGACUAGUCUCACACCUGCUGCCUUGAUUGAGAGGAGGCGCCGUGGCCUCUGCUUGAUUCUUGGAGGUGGGGCGGGAGAUAGUUUGCGUCGUCCUACGGGGGUUGAAGUAAGUCCUUCGGCUAAGCGACAGAAACUCGAUGAGGAGUUUCCUUCUUUGGAGAUUUCGAAUCAGGGUGACAGGGUUGACCAAGACAAGGCCAGUGGUCCUGUUAAGGUUUCUCCUGAGUCGGGUCUACCUGAGUCGGUGCCACUUGAGCAACCUGACAAGGAGACUGGCGACCAAAACUCCGACAAGCCUUCAGAUGGUAGUAUCCAGCUGGAAAUAGGCGAGCGGAAGGAACUUCCCAACCUUUCGGAGGGGGCUGGUAAGUUUCAUGACUGGCCCAAAGAGAUCAACGAAAGCAAUCCUUCCGGUGAUCGGCGCGAUUGUUCAGACUUGAUCGACGACGACUUGAAUCCUUUCAAAUGGGUCAAGCGUGGCGGUUCAAUGGUCAAAGUUCGUCUACGUCGUGGUCGGCCGACGGGUCUCACGCGUGAACUUUGUCCGCACUGGUCUACCCGCAAGGGCAGGAAGACUAGGCGUCAGAACAAUGCGGCAGCGAAUCAGGCAGGUGCGCAAAAGAUUGAGCUAGAUGUGGAAGUAGCUGCCGCGUUCUCGGGCUCAGUAUUUUCUGAUGACUUGGAGGAAGGUGAGCAAGCUCUUGCGUGGACGGUUCAAGUUACACGGAAGCAUGCCCUUACUGCGCCGGACUCUGCUAAGUACAUGGAGGCUGACAACCUUGAAAAGUUGCAGUUGGAAGCUUUGCAGUCCUGGAGGCCAGUAUCGGACGAGGAUAAGCUAUCCGAUGAUGAUGAGACCAUACCACGCGUGGUGAUUUACACCAAGAAGCGCUGCGGUCGAUACAAGGCCAGAUGCGUGGCGUUGGGGAAUCGUCAGACGAAGGUCAGCAAGGCUGAGAUCUUUAGUCCGACUAUCUCACAUGCUGCAAAUCGGGUUCUCUUGGUCGAUGCUGCUGCGAACAAGAAACGCAUUGGGCAGUUUGACAUCAGUAAUGCAUUCCUUCGCAGUGACCUUGGUCAGGACGAGCGACCGAGUGCUCAUCCGUCUGCCUAAGCAUUGGAGCAAGGAUAGUCGUGGUGAUGUCAUGCGUCUUCUUCGGUCUCUCUAUGGCUUGAAGAUUGCGCCGCGUAAGUGGUUUGACUGCUAUGAUGCAUACUUGCGUAAGCAUGGUUGGGAUCGCCAUCCUAGUGAGCCUGGUCUCUUCCGUCGCGGUUCUGUGACGCUGGCCAUCUAUGUUGAUGACAGCUUGAUCAGUGCACCUACACAGAAAGAAGUAGAUGACAUUAUCAAGGAAAUCCUUGGUGAAUUUGAUGGCAAAAUCAUCAAAGCGGAACUUGCUGCCGAUGGUGUUACUGAAAUCAGGGACAUCCUAGGCGUUCGGCUUUUGUAUAAUGCUGAGAAGCAGCGUAUGAAGUUGGACAUGGAGCAAGCAGUUCGCAAGUUGGCUGAAAAGUUUCAGAUCAAUGCGGGAAAACCAAUGUCCACUCCGUGCGUCUACUCUGAUCUUUCAGAGGGGGCCACGCAGCCAGAUUUCCCUAUUAGGAGUUUGGUUGGGGGUUUGCAAUACAUUGCUACGCAAUCGCGUCCGGAUUGUCUCUUCGCAGUCAAUCGGGUGGCUAGGCUGAUGACCAAUCCCACUGGGGCUCUGAUCACUGCGGCUAAGCGGGUUGCGCGGUAUCUGUUGCAUACUCUGACAGAGGGGGUUGAGUAUUCUCCGGCAAUUGAGUCUAAGUUCAAAGAAACUUGCCAACAGGUGCUGGAUCAGCACAACAAAGAGAGAGGCGAACUCCGUGAGUGGGUUGCGUUCUCGGAUGCUGACUAUGCUGGGUGUACUGUUACACUUAGGAGUAGUAGCGGCUCCAUUCUCUUUUAUCGGGGAUGCCCGGUAGCCUGGUCGAGUCGUCGCCAGUCGAUUAGGGCGCAUAGUACUUGUGAGAGCGAGUGUAUUGCUCUCUAUGACACUUUGCAGCUCGUUCAGUCUCAGGGUUAUGCUGAUUGGCUUCAGACCAAUAAGCAGCUGCCUCAGAUCUUUUGCGACAAUCAGAGCAGUCUGACCGUGGCGGGGUCUACCCUUCCAACUAAGAAGACCAAGCACUUCCAAGUGCGCUGGCAUUCGGUCAAGGAUCACGCUGGUGAUCUCUGCUACUGUCCAACUGGUUUGAAUCGUGCAGAUCCUCUGACAAAACCAAUGAUGAAACCCCUGUUGGUGUUUCGCACACCGCCCCAGGAUUCACUUCCCGACAAGAAGAAAGGUCUUCUAGCCUUGUAUUGCGCUAUCUAGUUGCAAUCGAGGGGGAAUGGGGUAGAUAGGGUCGCAAGGGACUGCGGGAACUUGUGUUGUAGGUUGUGAUGGUCUCUUCCUCCCACGCUCGUGAUGCUUCAUCUGGAGUCACUUGGCGGGUAGCAGGGUAUCUGCGGGGGUUUUUGGCGCAUCAGACCGGUACUCCGUAGCCAUUUGGUUAUGAGAGUUCGAAUCUGUUGAGUUGGUGGAUGUACUCUUCAGACCCUGACACGAUCCAGCCGCUGCUCGGGUCCUUUCUCGUUUGCUCUAGGAUUGAAGUCGCAAGUAGCAAUCAGGCAAUUCUUGGAGUCACUUGACACCUAGCAGGCCGUCUUGCUUCUGGACUUGGUUCAAUCAGAGGGGGAAUGUAGGGAAGGAUCAGAAUACGACCUACAUUGUAGAGCUAAGAGCAAAGCUAGAGAUCCAAACGAUAAGAAAGAUGAUCAUGAAAUGACAUGAAUGACCUCCGGGGAGUAGAACCUCGAACCAUGAUUCUUUCAAAUCCACUCAGGUGAGUGAAGCGGGUGCAUAUGCUCUUAGUCUAUCACGGCUAUAGUAUUCUGAGUGUCUGUGUUCUAUCAGUAAGUCUAAGCGUCGUUUUAUUCAAGGAUGUUAUUGGUUAUUUUUGACAAAGAAAAUACGAAUAUACAAGUGCACUCCGGUACAGUUUCGGAGGCUUUACAGAAUUAUUUAGCACAUCAGAUUCUUUACUGUACACGGAUUUGCUUGGAAACGGAAAGUUUAGAAAAGCUACAAGGUAAUUAAUAUGUGAAACCGACGGCCGUG